AUGAAAUCAAUUUCAAAAGAUUUGGAACUCAACAAUAUUGGAAAUAUAAAUUCAAAUGCUAAUUCAACAACUUCCUCCUCCUCCCUUUCAUUAAAACAAUUAACAAUUAAAGGAAUUUUAAUUUUGGAUUGUUCUGUUAUUUCGCAUAUUGAUGCUGCUGGAAUUGAUUCUCUUAUUGAAAUUUAUUUGGAUACUGAAAGAUUAAAUAUUUUAAUUAAAUUUGCUGCUUUUUCAGGUGUUUUAAAUUUAAAUAAAAAAUACUUUGGAAUUUUUAGGGAUUCUUUGUGUUUUAAUUAUUUAAUUUUAAAUAGUGAAAAUAAUUCGUUAAAAAUAUUUGAAAUUAUUUUUAAAAUAAAAGUUUUUGUAACAAAGUUUCUGAUUGCAUUUUAG